AUGGAAGCCCAGCAGGAGGAGAGGCUGGACAAGAACCACGAACGGUACCCAGAGAGAGGGGAGGUGAAGCAGCCGGAGGGGGAAGGGGCUGUAGCCAGAGAACAGCUGCAGGGAGCAUCUCCUUUAAGCCACCACGAUGUGGGGCAGACAGGGGGGAACAGGUUCUGGCACGAAGGCGAGAGUCUGGGGCGGGGGGACGUGUCAAGUCGAGGGAGCGCAGCUGCUGUGCUGCAGCUGCCAAAUGGCCACAGAAAGGAAGGUUCUCAUUCUUCUGAGGAGCAGGAGGAGGAGGAAAAAGAAGAGGAGACUUCUGAGGAUCAAGGCCAGAGGCCCAGCAUAGAUUUUUCAGGCCCAGGCAAAGAUGGGAGCCUUCCUUCCCCAGGAGAAGAGAUGGUCCUGCUAAAAAGAUCAGAAAAGGAGGGUGUGCAGCAACCUCUGGAGAGCAGGAGUCAUGGGGAGUCCCUGAUGGGGGAGCUCUCCGAGAUGGUGCAGGAGGUGGUGAAGAACAGCAGCUGGUGGGAGAAGCAUGGCGUUGAUGGCAUGAUUGUCGCUCUGAACUUUCUCGCCCUGCCAGUUGGAUUCUUGCUUCUGCGCUCGGAUAACCUUUCCGCGUUCCUGUUGGGCAUCGCCAUCCUGGGUGUGGCGCAUCACACGAUCACAGUGAAGGGGAGCCACCUGGUCACCCACAAUGCUCUGGUGGAGUCCAAGUCAUGGGGGAGACUGUGGCUCAUCUUCUUCCUGGAGGUUUGCACUGCUUUCACGGCAGAACAGGGGGUCUAUAACCAUGUGAAGAUCCACCAUGCUUACACGAACGUCGUUGGUCUGGGGGACUCCAGUACAUGGAAGCUUCCUUUCCUGAACCGCUAUGUUUACAUGUUCCUUGCACCUAUCGCUGUGCCUAUUCUCACCCCUUUAGUGGCAAUCGGCUUGCUCAAAGAAGCUGAGCUGAAAACAGCUGUCCGGACGCUCUGCUGCGUGUCCGCUGGCCUGUACGGCCAUUACUGGCUGCUGCGUCACGUCUCGGGGUUCCAGUCCAUGGCUUCUGCUCUCGGCUGCAUGCUGGUCACACGGUCCCUCCUUGCCCAUCCUUACAUCCAUGUUAAUAUCUUCCAGCAUAUUGGCCUCGCCAUGUUUUCAGCUGAUAAGAAGCCAAAACGAAUUUACAUGAUGACCUCUGGUGUUCUGAACUUGCCCCGAAAUCCCUUGUUGGACUGGUCCUUCGGACAUUCCCUCAUCAGCUGUCACGUGGAGCACCACCUCUUCCCCAUGCUUUCGGAUAACAUGUGCCUGAAGAUCAAGCCAAUUGUUUCCCAGUACUUGAAAGAGAAGAAAUUGCCAUAUAUUGAGGAUUCGUAUUGGUCGCGCUUGACGUUGUUCCUGGACAAAUAUGAAGAUCUGAUGAUCCAUGCACCACCUAUUUCUGAACUUGUUGGGAUUCAGUGA